AUGUUUUGGGCAGCGAGCGUCGGCAGCGGAGAGCGUGUGGGGGUCGGCGCGUACGCGCAGACAGCGUCCCUGCGCCCGUACGCCUUCCUACUUCCUUCGGGGACGCACGCUGCGCGGUCACGCCGGCUUUGAUCCGGAAGCCAGAAUAUAGUUUCAAUCAGCGAGCAGUUGACUGUAGUUUAAGGGUUAAACUACAGUCUCGUGAUUAAGAGCAUGGGCUUUGGAAUCACGCUCACGGAGUUGGAAUGCUGACUCUCCGCUCGCUGUGUGACCUCGCUGUACAAUCUUCCCUGUGACAAUCCCGUCUUGUGGUGAGCGCUCAAGAGCAUUGGCUGCUGUUCUUACCGGAUGAUGUGUUUUCUGAAACUCUGAAUCAUGAGUCUAGCACUUAAUGAUCUGCUUAUUUGCUGCCGUCAACUGGAACAUGAUAGAGCUACAGAACGAAGGAAAGCGGUUGAGAAAUUUAAGCACCUGAUUCAGGAUUCUGAAACCAUUCGACUUUUAGAUCAGCAUUCAGAUUCCAAACAAGGGAAAUGUUUGAAUUGGGAUGCUGUUUUCAGAUUUUUACAGAAAUAUAUUCAGAAAGAAACAGAAUGUCUGAGAACAGCAAAACCAAAUGUAUUAGCCUCGACACAAGCCACCAGGCAGAAAAAGAUGCAGGAAAUCAGUAGCUUGGUCAAAUACUUCAUCAAAUGUGCAAAUAAAAGAGCACCCAGGCUAAAGUGUCAAGAGCUCUUGAAUUAUAUCAUGGAUGCAGUGAAAGAUUCAUCAAGCGGUGCCAUCCAUGGAGCCGAUUGUAGCAACAUAUUGCUGAAGGACAUUCUCUCAGUGAGGAAGUACUGGUGUGAGAUACCUCAGCAACAGUGGACAGAAUUGUUCUCUGUGUACUUCAGGCUGUAUCUUAAACCUUCACAAGACAUUAAUAGAGUUUUGGUGGCUAGAAUAAUUCAAGCUGUGACUAAAGGGUGCUGUUCGCAGACUGAUGGAUUAAAUACCAAGUUUUGGGAUUUUUUUUCUAAGGCUAUUCAGCAUGCAAGACAAGAGAAGAGUUCUGCAGGUCUAAAUCAUAUCUUAGCAGCAUUUAUUAUUUUCCUCAAGACUUUGGCUGUUAACUUUCGAAUUCGAGUAUGUGAAUUAGGAGAUGAAAUUCUUCCUACUUUACUUUAUAUUUGGACUCAACAUAGACUUAAUGAUUCCUUAAAAGAAGAAAUUAUUGAAUUGUUUCAACUACAAAUUUGUAUCCAUCAUCCAAAGGGAGCCAAAACUCAAGAAAAAGGUGCUUAUGAAUCAAGAAAGUGGAAAAGUAUCUUAUACAAUCUAUAUGAUCUGCUAGUUAAUGAAAUAAGUCAUAUAGGAAGCAGAGGGAAAUAUUGUUCAGGAUCUCGUAAUGUUGCUGUCAAGGAAAACUUGAUUGAAUUGAUGGCAGAUGUUUGUCACCAGGUUUUUAAUGAAGAUAUUAGAUCUUUGGAGAUUUCUCAGUCUUAUACAACCACACAAAGAGAAUUUAAUGAUUACAGUGCACCUAGCAAAAAGAGGAAAAUAGAAUUAGGCUGGGAAGUAAUAAAAGCUCAUCUUCAGAAGUCACAGAAUGAUUUUGACAUUGUGCCUUGGUUGCAGAUUGCAACUCAGUUAAUAUCAAAAUAUCCUGCAAGUUUACCUAACUGUGAGUUGUCACCAUUACUAAUGAUACUGCACCAGCUUCUGCCUCAACAGCGACGUGGGGCACGUACACCGUAUGUGUUAAGAUGCCUUAUGGAAGUUGCAUUGUGUCAAGGCAAGAAAUCAAACCUAGAAAGCUCACAAAAGUCAGAUUUAUUGAAACUCUGGAUUAAAAUUUGGUCUAUUACCUUUCGUGGUAUAAGUUCUGAACAAAUACAAGCUGAAAACUUUAGCUUACUUGGAGCUGUAAUUCAAGGCAGUUUAAUUGAGGUUGACAGAGAAUUCUGGAAGAUAUUUACUGGGUCAGUCUGCAGACCUUUGUGUCCUGCAGUAUGCUGUUUGACUUUGGCGCUGACCAUCUGUGUAGUUCCAGAAACUGUAAAAACAGGAAUGGAGAAGAAUACAUGUGAUGUAAACAGAAAUUUUUCUUUAAAAGAAAUGAUAAUGAAAUGGCUCUUAUUCUGUCAGUUAGAGGAUGACUUUGAAGACAGUACAGAGCUGCCUCCAAUUCUUCACAGUAAUUUUCCUCAUCUUGCCGUGGAGAAAAUUCUUGUGAGUCUCACUAUGAAAAACUGUAAAGCUGCAAUGAAUUUUUUCCAAAGUGUGCCAGAAUGUGAGCAACACCAAAAAGAUACAGAAGAACCUUCAUUCUCAGAAGUUGAAGAACUGUUUCUUCAGACAACUUUUGACAAGAUGGAUUUUUUACCCAUUGUGAAAGAACAUACUAUGGAAAAGCACAACUCUAGUGUUAGCUUUUCUGUCCACCACAAUCUCAAGCAGUCACUGGAUCACUGUCUUCUAGGAUUGUCAGAACAGCUUCUAAGCAAUUACUCAUCUGAGACUUCAAAUUCAGAAACGCUUGUCCGGUGUUCAAGUCUUUUGGUGGGUGUUCUCGGCUGCUAUUGUUAUGUGGGUGUAAUAGUUGAAGAGGAAGCAUACAAAUCAGAACUAUUCCAGAAAGCCAAGUCUCUAAUGCAGUAUGCAGGAGAAAGUAUCACUUUGUUUAAAAAUAAGACAAAUGAAGAAUCUAGGAUUGUUUCAUUGAGAAAUAUGUUGCAUUUAUGUACACGUUGCUUACAUAACUGUACUAAGCGCAGUCCAAAUAAGAUUGCAUCUGGCUUCUUCUUACGAUUAUUAACAUCAAAGCUAAUGAAUGAUAUUGCAGAUAUUUGUACAAGUUUAGCAUCCAUUAUCAAAAAGCCAUUUGACUUUGGAAAAGUAGAAUCAGUGGAAGAUGAUACUGAUGAAAAUCUGACGGGGAUGGAGGAUCAGUCAUCCUUGAGUCUCUUUAAUGAUUACCCUGCUAGUAGUGUUAUUGAUGCAAAUGAAUCUGGAGAGAGCCAAAUUACUAUUGGUGCCAUGAAUCCUUUAGCUGAAGAACAUUUGUCAAAGCAAGAUCUACUUUUUUUAGACAUGCUCAAGUUCUUGUGCGUUUGUGUAACCACUGUUCAGACCAGUACCGUGUCAUUUAGAGCAGCUGAUAUUCGGAAGAAAUUGUUAAUGUUAAUUGAUUCUACCAUGUUAGACCCUACCAGAUCUCUCCAUCUACACAUGUAUCUAGUGCUUUUAAAGGAGCUUCCUGGAGGAGAAUAUCCCUUGCCAAUGGAAGAUGUUGUUAAACUUCUAAAACCUCUAUCCAGUGUAUGUUCUUUGUAUCACCGUGACCAAGAUGUUUGUAAAACCAUUUUAAACCACGUCCUUCACAUAGUGAGGAACCUGUGUCAGGGAGAUAUGGAUGCUGAGAACACAAGGGAUGCUCAAGGACAGUUUCUAACAGUGAUUGAAGCAUUCUGGCGCUUAACAAAGGAGGGAAAAUGCACAUUCUCUGUCAGAAUGGCACUAGUAAAAUGCCUUAAAACUUUGCUUGAGGCUGAUCCUUAUUCAAAAUGGGCUAUUCUGAGUAUAAUGGAAAAAGACUUUCCUGUAAAUGAAGUAUUUCCACAGUUUCUCGCUGAUAAUCAUCACCAAGUUCGCAUGUUGGCCACAGAGUCAGUCAAUAGAUUAUUUCAGCAUAUGAAACAAGGAGGUUCUUCCACAUCAUUGAAAGCACUUCCUUUGAAGCUUCAGCAAACAGCUUUUGAAAAUGCAUACUUGAAAGCUCAGGAAGGAAUGAGAGAAGUGUCCCACAGAGCUGAAAACUCUGAAAGUUUGGAUGAGCUUUGUAAUAGAAAAGCCAUUUUUCUGAUGAUGAUAGCCUUGGUGUUAUACUAUAGCCCUGUCUGUGAAAAACAGGCUUUAUUCGCCCUAUGCAAGUCUGUGAAAGAGAAUGGAUUAGAGCCUCACCUCAUUAAAAAGGUUUUAGAGAAAAUUUCUGAAGCUUUUGGAUAUAGACAUGUAGAAGACUUCAUGGCUUCUCAUUUGGAUUAUCUGGUAUUAGAAUGGCUAAAUCUCCGAGAUAGUGAACACAGCUUAUCUUCUUUUCCUUUUAUUUUAUUAAACUACAAAAACAUUGAAGAUUUCUAUAGGUCUUGCUAUAAAGUUUUGAUUCCACAUCUGGUGAUGAGAAGUAAUUUUGAUGAGGUAAAGUCCAUUGCUAAUCAGAUUCAAGAGGAUUGGAAAAAUCUUCUGACAGACUGCUUUCCAAAGAUUAUUGUCAAUAUUCUUCCAUACUUUGCUUAUGAGGGUACAGGAGACAGUGGGAUGGCACAGCAAAGAAAAACUGCUACCAAGGUCUAUGAUAUGCUUAAAGAUGAAAACUUAUUAGGAAAACAGAUUGAUCAUUUAUUCAUUAGUAAUUUACCGGAGAUUGUGGUGGAGUUAUUAAUGACAUUACAUGAACCAGCAACUUCUGGUGCCAGCCAAAGCACUGACUCCUGUGACUUUUCAGGAGAUUUGGAUCCUGCUCCUAAUCCACCUCAUUUUCCAUCACAUGUGAUUAAAGCGACAUUUGCCUAUAUCAGCAAUUGCCAUAAAACUAAGCUUAAAAGCAUUUUAGAAAUUCUUUCCAAAAGCCCUGAUUCCUAUCAGAAAAUUCUUCUAGCCAUAUGUGAGCAAGCAGCUGAGACAAAUAAUGUUUAUAAAAAGCACAGAAUUCUUAAAAUAUAUCACCUGUUUGUUAGUUUAUUAAUGGAUGAUAUACAGAGUGGCUUAGGAGGAGCUUGGGCCUUUGUUCUUCGAGAUGUUAUUUAUACUUUGAUUCAUUAUAUCAACCAAAGGCCUUCUCGUUUCAUGGAUGUGUCAUUACGUAGCUUCUCCCUUUGUUGUGACCUGUUAAGCCGGGUUUGCCACACAGCAGUAACUUACUGUAAGGAUGCUUUAGAAAGUCAUCUUCAUGUUAUUGUUGGUACACUUAUACCCCUUGUGGAUGAUCAGAUGGAGAUUCAGAAACAGGUAUUGGACUUGUUGAAAUACUUAGUGAUUGAUAACAAGGAUAAUGAAAAUCUGUAUAUCACAAUUAAACUUUUAGAUCCUUUUCCUGACCAUGUUGUCUUUAAGGAUUUGCGUAUUACUCAGCAGAAAAUCAAAUACAGUAGAGGACCCUUUUCACUUUUGGAGGAAAUUAACCAUUUUCUCUCAGUAAGUGUUUAUGAUGCACUUCCAUUGACAAGGCUUGAAGGCUUGAAGGAUCUUCGAAGACAACUAGAGCAGCAUAAACAUCAGAUGAUGGAUCUUAUGAAAGCAUCUCAGGAUAACCCUCAAGAUGGCAUCAUGGUGAAGCUAGUUGUCAGCUUGUUGCAGUUAUCCAAGAUGGCAGUGAACCACACCGGUGAAAGAGAAGUUCUAGAGGCUGUUGGAAGCUGCUUGGGAGAAGUGGGUCCUAUAGAAUUCUCUACAAUAGCUAUACAACAUAGUAAAGAUACAUCUUAUACCAAGGCCCUUGAGUUAUUUGAAGAUAAAGAACUUCAGUGGACCUUCAUAAUGCUGACCUAUUUGAAUAAUACGCUGGUAGAAGAUUGUGUCAAAGUGCGAUCAGCAGCUGUUACCUGUUUGAAAAGCAUUUUAGCCACAAAAACUGGACAUAGUUUCUGGGAGAUUUAUAAGACGACAACUGAUCCCAUGCUGAUCUAUCUACAGCCUUUUCGAACAUCAAGAAAAAAGUUUUUAGAAGUACCCAGACUUGACAAAGAAAGUCCUUUAGAAGGCUUGGAUGAUACAAGUCUGUGGAUUCCUCAAAGUGAAAAUCAUGACGUUUGGUUAAAGACACUGACUUGUGCUUUUUUGAAUAGUGGAGGGACAAAAAGUGAAGUUCUUCAGUUAUUAAAGCCAAUGUGUGAGGUGAAAACUGACUUUUGUCAGACUGUGCUUCCAUACUUGAUUCAUGAUAUUUUACUCCAAGAUACAAAUGAAUCAUGGAGAAAUCUGCUUUCUACACACAUUCAGGGAUUUUUCACUAACUGUUUCAGACACUCCUCACAAACAAGCCGAUCCACAACCCCUGCAAUUUUGGAUUCAGAGUCAGAGCACUUUUUCCGAUGCCAUCUGGAUAAAAAAUCACAAAGAACAAUGCUUGCUGUUGUGGACUACAUGAGGAGACAAAAGAGACCUUCUUCAGGAACAGUUUUUGAUGAUGCUUUCUGGCUGGAGUUGAAUUAUCUAGAGGUUGCCAAGGUAGCUCAGUCUUGUGCUGCUCAUUUUACAGCAUUGCUCUAUGCAGAAAUCUAUGCAGAUAAGAAGAACAUGGAUGAUCAAGAGAAAAGAAGUCUUACGUUUGAAGAAGGAAGCCAAAGUACAACUAUUUCCAGUUUGAGUGAAAAAAGUAAGGAAGAAACUGGAAUAAGUUUACAGGAUCUGCUCUUAGAAAUCUAUGGAAGUAUUGGAGAGCCAGAUAGUCUUUAUGGUUGUGGUGGAGGGAAAAUGUUACAACCCCUGACUAGACUACGAACAUAUGAACAUGAAGCAAUGUGGGGGAAAGCCCUAGGAACCUAUGACCUCGAGACGGCAAUCUCCUCACCAGCUCGCCAGGCAGGAAUAAUUCAGGCCUUACAGAAUUUGGGACUCUGCCAUAUUCUUUCCGUCUAUUUAAGGGGAUUAGAUCAUGAAAAUAAAGAGUGGUGUGCUGAACUUCAGGAACUUCAUUACCAAGUAGCAUGGAGGAAUAUGCAGUGGGACCACUGCAUUUCUGUCAGCAAAGGAAUAGAAGGAACCAGUUACCAUGAAUCAUUGUAUAAUGCUCUGCAGUCUCUAAGAGAUAGAGAAUUCUCUACUUUUUAUGAAAGUCUCAAAUAUGCCAGAAUUAAAGAAGUGGAAGAGUUGUGUAAGGGCAGUCUUGAGUCUGUGUAUUGCCUCUACCCUACACUUAGCAGAUUGCAGGCCAUUGGAGAGCUCGAAAACAUUGGGGAGCUUUUCUCAAGAUCAACAACAGAUAGGCAGCCCUCUGAAGUAUACAUUAAGUGGUGGAAACAUUCCCAGCUUCUCAAAGACAGUGACUUCAGUUUUCAGGAGCCUAUAAUGGCUCUACGCACAGUCAUUCUGGAGAUCUUGAUGGAAAAGGAAAUGGAAGACUCCCAAAGAGAGUGUCUUAGGGACAUUCUCACCAAGCAUCUUGUAGAACUCUCUGUAUUAGCGCGAACUUUCAAGAACACUCAGCUCCCUGAAAGGGCAAUAUUUCAAAUUAAACAGUAUAAUUCAGCUAGUUGUGGAGUCUCUGAGUGGCAGCUGGAGGAAGCACAAGUUUUCUGGGCAAAAAAGGAACAGAGUCUUGCCCUGAGUAUUCUCAAGCAAAUGAUCAAGAAGCUGGAUGCCAGUUGUACAGAGAAUGAUCCCAACCUAAAACUUAUACACACAGAAUGUCUAAGGGUUUGUGGCACCUGGUUAGCAGAAACUUGCUUAGAAAAUCCUACAGUCAUCAUGCAGACCUAUCUAGAAAAGGCAGUGGAAGUUGCUGGAAAUUAUGAUGGAGAAAGCAAUGAUGGGCUCAGAAAUGGAAAAAUGAAGGCAUUUCUCUCAUUGGCUCGGUUCUCAGAUACUCAGUACCAAAGAAUUGAAAACUACAUGAAAUCAUCAGAAUUUGAAAACAAGCAAGCUCUCCUGAAAAGAGCCAAAGAGGAGAUUGGCCUUCUUAGGGAACAUAAAAUUCAGACCAACAGAUACACAAUAAAGGUUCAGCGAGAGCUGGAGUUGGAUGAAUGUGCACUCCGUGCGUUGAAAGAAGAUCGUAAACGUUUUUUAUGUAAGGCAGUUGAAAAUUACAUCAAUUGCUUAUUAAGUGGAGAAGCGCAUGAUAUGUGGAUAUUCCGUCUUUGUUCCCUCUGGCUUGAAAAUUCUGGAGUUUCUGAAGUCAAUGGCAUGAUGAAGAGAGAUGGAAUGAAGAUACCAUCAUAUAAAUUUUUGCCUCUUAUGUACCAGUUGGCUGCUAGAAUGGGGACCAAGAUGAUGGGAGGCCUAGGAUUUCAUGAAGUCCUCAAUAAUCUCAUCUCGAGAGUUGCAAUGGAUCACCCUCAUCACACUUUGUUUAUUAUCCUGGCCUUAGCAAAUGCCAACAGAGAUGAAUUUUUGACCAAACCAGAGGCAGCAAGAAGGAGUAGGAUAACUAAAAAUGCACCUAAACAAAGCUCACAGAUUGAUGAGGAUCGAACCGAGGCUGCAAACAAAAUAAUACGUACUAUCAGAAGUGGGAGACCUCAGAUGGUCAGAAGUGUUGAGGCACUUUGUGAUGCUUACAUUAUUCUAGCAAAUUUAGAUGCCACUCAGUGGAAGACUCAGAGAAAAGGCAUAAGUAUUCCAGCAGACCAGCCCAUUAUCAAACUUAAAAAUUUAGAAGAUGUUGUUGUCCCUACUAUGGAAAUUAAGGUGGACCCCACAGGGGAAUAUGGAAAUCUGGUGACUAUACAGUCAUUUAAAGCAGAAUUUCGUUUAGCAGGAGGUUUAAAUUUACCAAAAAUAAUAGAUUGUUUGGGCUCUGAUGGCAAGGAAAGGAGACAGCUUGUCAAGGGCCGUGAUGACCUGAGACAAGAUGCUGUCAUGCAGCAGGUUUUCCAGAUGUGUAAUACAUUGCUGCAGAGAAAUACUGAAACUAGGAAGAGGAAAUUGACUAUCUGCACAUAUAAGGUGGUUCCCCUUUCUCAGCGAAGUGGUGUUCUUGAAUGGUGCACAGGAACUGUCCCUAUUGGCGAAUUUCUUGUUAACAAUGAGAGUGGUGCUCAUAAAAGGUACAGGCCAAAGGAUUUCAGCUCCUGUCAAUGCCACAAGAAAAUGAUGGAUGUGCAAAGAAAGUCUUUUGAAGAGAAAUAUGAAACCUUCAUGGAGAUUUGCCAGAAUUUUCAACCAGUUUUCCGUUACUUCUGCAUGGAAAAGUUCUUGGAUCCAGCUGUUUGGUUUGAGAAACGAUUGGCUUAUACUCGGAGUGUGGCUACUUCUUCUAUUGUUGGUUAUAUACUUGGACUUGGUGAUAGGCAUGUACAGAAUAUCUUGAUAAAUGAGCAGUCAGCAGAACUUGUACAUAUAGAUUUAGGAGUUGCUUUUGAACAGGGUAAAAUCCUUCCUACCCCUGAAACAGUUCCUUUUAGACUCACCAGAGAUAUUGUGGACGGCAUGGGCAUUACUGGUGUUGAAGGUGUGUUCAGAAGAUGCUGUGAGAAAACCAUGGAGGUUAUGAGAAACUCUCAGGAAACCCUGUUAACCAUUGUAGAGGUCCUCCUGUAUGAUCCUCUCUUUGACUGGACCAUGAAUCCUUUGAAAGCUUUGUAUUUACAGCAGAGGCCAGAAGAUGAAAGUGAGCUCCACUCCACUCCAAAUGCAGAUGACCAGGAAUGCAAACGAAAUCUCAGUGGUAUUGACCAGAGUUUCAACAAAGUAGCUGAACGUGUCUUGAUGAGACUGCAAGAGAAACUAAAAGGAGUGGAGGAGGGAACCGUGCUCAGUGUUGGUGGACAGGGUUUCCUGACCUGAAGAGUACUAUAAAUUCACUGAGGGAAGACUCCCAGGCCAGGACAGAUAUCUUCCGCAUUAUCUCCCUAUGAAUGUUUUACUGAUGACUCCCCUUUCACUGAGAGUGUAAGCCUGCGUGUGUCCCAACUUUAUGGACAUGAGGGGAGGUGCAUUUAAUUACUACCCACUGUUAUAGCUCAAAUUCAUAGAUUAAUGAGAUUGGUAAGUUUUCCAGGACAGCUAGAAUAUCAGCUCACACGUUUACCUCUCUGCUUUUUAGUUUCCUUCUGAAACUGAAAAUUUUUGGCAGUAAGGAUCUGCCAUUUCUUAUAACUUAUGCUCUGCAUUUAAAAAAUAUUUCUUAUGUCUUAUCUAGCAUUUCUGUGUUUUAUUGAAAGGAAAGAAUUUAGGUAUCAAAUUUGAUAUAUAGCUAGAAAUGGAACCCUUCUGUCCCCAUACUGUCAUUAAACAAACAAAACUACUGACUUGUCUAUUAGUGAGUAUAAUCCUUCCUCCAUCCUUAGGAAACUGUUCGUCUCAGCUGCAGAGAUUAAAAAAAUGGGUGGUUGAACUUUCCUCUUAUUUGUACCUUAGGUGGUUAUGUGAACAAUUUUUUCUAAUGACAGGUUGAUAUUUGUUUCUGUUGCCAAUGGCAAGUUCUCACUCAGCUGAUCUCCCCACCUUCCCCUUCCUCCAAAAAUAAUCUCAAGAUUAUUACUACUAUAAAUUUCUUAGUUUGGUUUCUGGAGAACUAUUCUUAAAAUUUUUAUUUUGCAUUUCAAAUUACAAACUUAUCGUGACAUAUUUUUCUUAUAAGUUUCCUAAAUGAAUAUUUGAUAUACAUUGGUAGUUUUUAUUACCAUAGUGAAUCAAGGGAAUUGAUUUAAGACAGCCUUGAAAUCUUCGUGGAUGGAAUAAGAAAUUAUCAACUAGAUGAUAGUGUAAGUAAGUGAAUUUGAAGCUAAUUCUUGCUAGUUGAUAUAUCCAGAGAGCUUUGAAUAACAUCAUUAAUCUACUCUUCAACCUUGAGUGGUAUGCUGUAAAGCUCCUGUCCUAUUCAGAUAUUAUUAAUGGCAUUGAAAAGCUUACCAGAUUUCCAGAUAACAACCAGGAGGAAUAGCUAAUUUACAGGUGGUAGAAUUAAGAUUCUAAAGAUUAUGAUAAGCUGGAACACUGUCUGGAAAUGAAUAAGAUAGAAAUUUACUGGGAACAAAUGAGGAAUGGAUAGGUUUUUAAAAUAUUUAUGAUAGAAUAUUUGUUGUAUACUGAGUACCUAACAUACAUUAUAUGCAGUAUCUUUGGCAAGGUUAGUGAUGUUAUUCCAAUUUAUAGCUGGGGAAAGUAAAACUUGGGGAAAUGAAAUAACUUGUCCAAGGCCAGAAUAUAAUAAAUUGAAGAUACAAGUUUAAUAUGGACAAUCUCUAACUUGGAACUCUUUCAAGUGAAAAGAGUCUAGGCUUCACCAGUCAGUUGCUCAUAAGGUCAGUGGAAACCAAGGAGAGAAGCUACUAGAAAAGCAAAUAAACUAAAGGCAGUUGUAUUCAGGUUAAGGGAGAUAAUACCCAUUCCACUAUUCUCUGUGCUUAUCGUACCACCCCAAAGUAUCUUUCUAAUUAGUAGGUAAAUAAAUCCAUGGUCAUGAUAGUAUAUAUUUAAAAUAUAUGCACUUAGAAAUGCAAAAAAUUUAAAUAUGGCCUAAAGCAAAUAAAAGCAAAGAGGGAAACCUUUGGUCUUAAAGAUUAAAGUAGGCUUUUGCAUACAUAGAAAGCUAGUGCACUGGCUUGAAAUACAGAGAUAUAUGCCACUUCAAAUAUUUUGGUUGUACCUUAAUGAAAUUGUAUCUUUCAUAUAGGUUUUAGUACUAUUGAAUGUAUUUCUUUUUACAUUGUUACCUGUUUUAAAAUAAAUCUUAAAGAAAAUGUAUGCUAAGACUCAUUCAUUUUAUUCAAAUAUUUGAGUGUU